GAGGUAUAGAAUAAGGAAAACUACAUUGUGGAAUCCUCCUUGCCGUCUGUUUGAAACCACUCAUAUACAAAAUAUGACAGAAUGAAAGUUCUCAGUUCUCAGGUUUUGGACAAGUGCCAUACUACAGCGUGCACGUCUCAAACAGGUCCAAGGAAUGCUCAGGUCGUUUUUGUGUAUGCUCAGAUACUUUAAAAUUAGGGUGACAUUGGCUGUGUGAAGUUUCAAGUCAAUUUGACUUAUGGGGUCAAUAAUGUGGGUUUAAUAGUGUGGUAUAUUGUAAGUGAUGUGGUCAGACAAAUAAAGCAUAGACAACAUAGUAGGGACGCAUGUUUUGCCAAACAUUCACUCUUUUUUGUGCAGUUCAGGAGUAGAAGAGUUACACCAUGGGGGUGAAUUUUUCUCCAUGUCUUUAUAUCCGUGUUUCAGCCUCUGAAUUGGUGUGCUGCCCAGGGUGGGCCCUCUACUUUUCAGUGACAAAAUGAUUAGAGCUGCUUUUUGUUGGCUGCUCUGCAUGGAAACUAAGAUACCAACUUCACUACCACCGCAGGAAAAGGACUUGAUGUACUCGCUCAGAGGAAAUCAAGCUCUCACCAUGUCUGAUGGGGAAUAUGAUUACCUCAUCAAGUUCCUAGCCCUGGGCGACUCUGGUGUGGGAAAGACCAGUUUCCUCUACCAAUACACUGAUGGCAAGUUCAAUUCCAAGUUCAUCACCACUGUCGGUAUCGACUUUAGAGAAAAACGAGUGACAUACAACUCUACAAGUCCCGAUGGCUCAUCAGGUCGAACACAGAAGAUCCACAUGCAGCUGUGGGACACGGCAGGACAGGAGAGGUUUCGGAGUUUGACCACUGCCUUUUUCAGGGAUGCCAUGGGUUUCCUUCUGCUGUUUGACCUCACCAAUGAACAAAGUUUCCUCAAUGUCCGAAACUGGAUGAGCCAGUUACAGGUGCAUGCCUACUGCGAAAACCCAGACGUGAUUCUGUGUGGCAACAAAUGUGACCUGUCUGAACAAAGAGUCGUGAGGGAGGAUGAAGCCCGAGACCUGGCAGAAAAAAUCCCUUACUUUGAGACGAGUGCAGCAAAUGGCCACAACGUCAACGAGGCCGUGGACAUCCUACUCGACCUCAUCAUGAAGAGGAUGGAACGAUGCGUGGAUAAGUCCUGGAUCCCCGACGGCACCUUCAGAACGAAUGGACCCAACAAUGCAGACUUGGCAGAGAGCUCAAACAAAGGCAAAUGUGCAUGUUAGAAAGUGGAAGAGUCCUUUAAAUUAAAUAGGAAGGUGAUGUUGUGUCAGUUUUAGGUUAAACAUGCAAAUUGGUCACCCAUACACCUGAUGAUUGGUGUUACCUGCUGUAUAGUAUGUCACUUAUGUGCCUUUGGAAUAAUAGUUGGACUUUUGUGACUUUGUUGCUUGCUUGAGAGUGGGGAUAUUUGUUUACCAUAAUGCUAAAAGGUAAAGAGGCAACAUUAGUCAUAUACUGUAUGUGCUUUGUAAUUAUUUGGCACAACAUUCCACAACAAUAAGCAGCAAUUGUGUUCUGUAAGUAAUACAGAAAUAUAGAUAAAUGCUGUAUGUCAACAAUAAUACAAUUCAUAUUAUUUGCAUUUGUAUUAUUUGAUUGUUUAGAUUUUUUUAUGAGGUUCUGAGUAAAAAAAAAAAGUCAUAAUAUAAUAAUUCAGUUAUACAAAGGUUCAUUGGGAAGCAAUUUGUAUUUGCAGGGUGCAUUUCAAAUACGUCAGAAUGUUCAUGAACUUUGCGUAUUCUAUAUUCUAGUUGUUUCAUUGACAUGAAUGGUAUUUACACUUACCUGUAGUUAAACACUGAAAUGCAAUUGUUGUCCAAAAUGUUUUUUAGUUGCGUUUUUUUCUGUCCAUAAACUGUGACACAUAUGCAUAAAAAGUACACGUUUUUUUCUCAAAAUAUGAUUUUAAUCUACUGAUUUAAAUAUAGUUAAUUUUGUGCCAUUAGAAUUUGAAUUGAUCUAUUGAAUGAAUACCAAUUUGUGCCAUAAUUUGAGAACAUUAUGCAUUUUUUUAAAAUAAAGAAAACAAAUAUUUGUAUU